AUGGUAGGAUGGGUCAUCCUGCACAAUGCGCCUGAACUUGUGGUCAUACAACGUGGAUUGGCAGCUCCAACACCAUAUCCUUGUCCUACCACACGGGUUAAGGAAUCCGCUGGACUGUACCCUGAUUUCGAGAUCAUGCAUGAAAACCAUCAAGGAACAGGAUGGUAA